UGAACCUUCUGGGACUGAGAACACCAUAGAGACGGGAGGAGCCGCCCGGAGUGACCCGAAAGGAUAGAGACCCCUGGCGUGGCCCGGCAUCCGAGAGAGACCCCUGGAAGUAAAUAGCAAGGGGAGUGAUCCCUCAACUGGCACACACCCCUCGAUCUCCCGGAAGUGACCCCAGGGACAGCUGACAAGACAGGCACCCCCAGAGUGACCCGUGUGCCCACACAGCCCCACAGAGAGCUAACCCGGACAGAACAGCCAGUGUGCCCCCAGAGAGCCCGGCAGAGGGCGGGACCCUGUGUCUGGAGCUCUGUAGGAAGAGCAGCUUUUGAAGAGCAGUGUUACUCCACCAACCAUGCCAUUCCCCUUUGGGAAAUCUCACAAGUCUCCUGCAGACAUAGUGAAGAAUUUGAAGGAGAGCAUCGCUGUGCUGGAGAAGCAGGACAUCUCCGACAAGAAAGCAGAAAAGUUUACAGGAGGGUUGUUACCUCACACACUCAAGUCCCCCACCCAUCAAACCAAUUCCCUUAGUCGUUCUUCUUCAGGCUUAAACAUAUCCCUUCCUGCUUACUCUACUGAUGACAUACAUAACAGGACCAAGGAUGAAAAGAAGCUGGCAUGGCCCAAAUCAAAACGGAGCUCGUUUGUGUCUGGGAGACAGAAGAUGGACAGAACUGCCAUACUAUCGGCAACUGAAGAGGUGUCAAAAAACUUGGUGGCUAUGAAGGAAAUCUUGUAUGGCACAAAUGAAAAGGAACCACAAACAGAGGCUGUUGCUCAGCUUGCUCAGGAAUUGUACAACAGUGGCCUUCUGGGAACCCUGGUGGCUGAUCUCCAGCUCAUAGAUUUUGAGGGCAAGAAGGAUGUGGCUCAGAUCUUCAAUAAUAUUUUGCGAAGACAGAUUGGCACGCGAACCCCUACAGUGGAAUAUAUAUGCACCCAGCAGAAUAUUCUCUUUAUGCUUUUGAAAGGAUACGAAUCUCCUGAGAUUGCUCUGAAUUGUGGGAUCAUGUUGCGGGAGUGCAUUCGGCAUGAACCACUUGCAAAGAUCAUCCUGUGGUCUGAGCAGUUCUACGACUUCUUCAGAUAUGUAGAGAUGUCGACGUUUGAUAUUGCCUCAGACGCAUUUGCAACAUUCAAGGAUCUGCUAACAAGACACAAGUUACUGAGUGCAGAAUUCCUUGAGCAGCAUUAUGACAGGUUCUUCAGUGAGUAUGAGAAGCUAUUGCAUUCUGAAAACUAUGUGACAAAACGGCAGUCACUUAAGCUACUCGGAGAACUUUUGUUGGAUAGACACAACUUCACAAUUAUGACUAAAUAUAUAAGUAAACCAGAGAACCUCAAGUUAAUGAUGAACCUUCUACGUGACAAGAGUCGCAACAUCCAGUUUGAAGCUUUUCACGUGUUUAAGGUAUUUGUAGCCAACCCAAACAAGACUCAACCUGUUCUUGACAUCCUUCUAAAGAACCAGAGCAAGCUAAUCGAAUUCCUCAGCAAGUUCCAAAAUGACCGCACUGAAGACGAGCAGUUUAACGACGAGAAAACGUACCUAGUGAAACAGAUCCGUGAUCUGAAAAGACCCGCACAGCAGGAUGCCUGAGGUGGAUAGGGAAGGGAGGGAGAAACCAAUCCCAGCGCUUGCUGCGAGAGUAUUCAGCAUCCCGUGGACUUCGCUAGCAACAUCCUCACAUCCUAACCUCAACGGUUUCACCUCAUUCUCUUUAUUCCACUUGCAUUUGAAGUUUUAGUCUGAGUGUAACUCCUUACCAGCUGGAAAAGCCCAAGUGCUGCACUACCCCCAGCAGCUUAGGGGUUAAAAGAUGAGUUCAUUUCAACUUUUUUGUUUUGUUUUGUUUUUUAUCCCCACUCUUGCACAUUUGCAGCACCGGAUGAAAUUCUUCCCCUCACCUUUCCUCCUUGUUGCAUCAUCACGGGAUUGAGACUCUCAUUAUCAAAAGAUCAGAGGGGGAGGGGAGCGUAAUGUAAGAGAUCUUAGUAUCUCAAGCGCGUGUAUAGUUACUAGUCUGGGUUUUGGAUAAGAUGGCAUACAUGUUUUCUUUUUUUUUUUUUUUUUUUCAUUCUUUUUUUCUUUUUCUUUUUUAUGCAAGGCGUUGCAUGCUUGCAGAAACAAAUGAAAACAAAAAUCUGGUUUCCAUCAGCAUAUUUGCACAUAAACUUGUUAGAAAAAUCGAGCACAAAAUCUGAAAUGUGCAUAGCUGGUACCCUUAGUUAAAACAACAUGCCUUGAUUGCAUACCGAAACUACCAAUAAAAUGCAACAGUGCAGUGCUUUUAUUUGAAAUAAAGAGGAGCAGAGCGGACCGUGCGGAGGAGUAGAAAAUAGAAAUGGAAUAUUCUGUGGUCAACGUGUAUUUUAAGAGUGUGAAUUGGGGAGCAGCUUUCUAUAGAGGGUUGUGUAAAGAUGAGUGUACAUUCAUUAUAUAUGCUUUUCAACUGCUUUCUUGCUUCCUUUGGCAGCGUGUGUUGUUUUAGCAGGCGUUUAGGAUGAAUAUGAAAAAAAGCAGCAUCUUAUGCACUUGGGAAAGUUAUCUUCUCAUCUAAAAAUGCCGCUCCACAAAUGGUGCUGAGUGUAUCUGCACUGUUUAACUUUGUGCAGAGAAUAGUGGUUGAUGACCCAGCCACCAAUAAAACUCUUUUAAUUGAAAGUAAGAAAUUCAAGCAAUCCCUCGGACCCUAAUUACAACCUGAUACCAUAUACCUUGUCUGAUAGAGCAGUGUGGAAAGUACUGAAAACAUGCUUGCAUAUCACACUGAAGAAAUUGGACAUAUUACUUCUAAUUGCAUAGGAAGGAAAGGGGCAUGGAGUCGACCUGGCCCAUGGCGCAUAGUAGAUGUCACAGGUGGAUGAAACUAAGGAGUGUGUCAUACUUAAAUCGCUUUGUGCAGCAGCAUUUCCCUCUAAGGUCUAUGAACAGAAAAUGCUGUUUUAGCUCCACUGACCACUCUCCUCCUGUUAACACUUCACAACUAGCUUAGUCUACCUUGCCCUGAGUGACCCUCAUGGAUUUGGAUGCGAAAACCAAUGUUGAUUUAUUAAUUUACUCUUUCCCAGCAGAUUAUGCUGAGGCAUCAAAAUUCUACACAGCAUACAUAUAGGAUAAGCUAUAACUGUGCUGUAUUUAUGGCGACAUGCCAACAUCCAUUGCACUGCCAUAACCUAGUCUAUAUAAAAAAUGUAAAUGUUGGUCAGGGUGGAGAAUGUUAAAUGUAUGACUGUCUAUGGUGCGAAUUGCACUGAUUUGGGCUUGUGUACUGUUUUUAAAACCCAGUCCUAUUUCAUCUGGUCCUAUCGCUCCACCCAUUUCCCUCCCAAAAUAUUCUCCUAAUGCAGGUUAUAUCUUGUAUUUGUAAUAUGUUCCUUGUUAAUGCUCAUGUUAUAAUUUGUUGUCCUGAUCAUCCUUUUCACUGACUGUGCGUCUUGGUUCAGUGGCUGUGCUUCUUGUGUAAUGCGGUUGAGAUGAAGUGCAGUGAGCUAUUAGGGAAAAAAAAGCAGACUUAACACUGGAAGUGAAUUCACAGACUGAGCCUAAAAAAAGACAUUUUGCCCAACUAAAAACUGGUCCCCUACAUAACAAAAGUAGCACUUAUACAAGGAAUUAGUAGAUUUUCAUUGAGCAAAACAAAAUAAGUGACGUGUUCUGAAUACCAGUUUAUGGAUCUCUAUCGUAUAACAAUUGAGUUAUCAUGAAGAUUGGUUCUCAUUAAGGACAUGGUUGAGUUCCUGUUUACUAGCGUGUGCUAUAUUGCAGGAAUGUAACACAUAUGAAUAUAAAAGGCAACUGAUUGGUCUGAAUUGCUAAAUCUAAAUGCAGGUUGUGCUUGACAAUAACCUUUCUGCUUUGUGAGUGGCUGCGUGUGUGUGUCUUUUGAAAGCUCAAUAUUAUAAGGUUGUGGCUGUCUUGUCUAUGUAUUAUGAAGGUUUUGAGGUGGUACAAGGUGCAUGGCAGGGUAAUGUGUUGUAUGUCCAUUACCGCAGUUUUCAUUUGACUGAUAAAAUAAGAGAAAAAACACGCUCAAUUGGUUUAAUCCGGCCACAAGAUUUAAUGCCAAAACUGUCAGUCAUCCACAUUUAAAGUAAGUGGGAGAUGAGACAAACAUGAAGAUGGAAAAAGGUAUCUUGUUUUCCACAUCAUUGCUAUAAGAUAUGUGAGGGAUGUUCUGCCUGGUGCAUGUAGCUGGAACAGUGCAUGUGGUUUGAUCCCCACCAAAUAACCCCCCAUUUUUGGGACAUUGUUUAUUUGAUGGCCUCAAACCUCCCCUGAAAGAUGCUGAAACCACAGCCUUGGGUGAAGGUAUAAACGCUGCUUUCAUGCAGAUUUGCUUUGGGUUUAUUUGGAAUCUGUGUACAUAAGUUUUUGGCCUCUUAUUCGUAAAGAAAAAAAAAAUAAACUGUACAGCAAAUGA